GUCCGUAAGGAGAGGCAGGCGAGCAGGCAGGCAGGAGCCAACAGGAAAGCCGUCUGUUCUCAGGCUAACUCGUUAAUCAAGCUUGCGCCAGCUGGCUUCUGAUUGGUCCAGCCGGGAGAUGCGAAAUGCGCGCAGCAGGCUGUGUGGAGAUGACAACCUGGGAGCCAGUGCUGAACCGUGUGGUGGAGACUGGAGGGGGAACGUCUGUUUGGUUGUCACUGAAAUUGCCCACCGAUCUUAAAGUGGAAAUCCAUUAUUCUGGAGGAAUAAUGAACUGCAGGAGUGCAUGCUGUAACCACUGGUCAUCUGAGGAGAGGUUGGAUGGGAAAACAGUGAUCAUCACCGGAGCCAACACCGGUAUCGGCAAAGAAACAGCCAGGGAUCUGGCAAGAAGAGGCGCCCGCAUCGUUAUGGCGUGCAGAGACAUGGAGAGGGCCGAGGAGGCGCGGACCGACAUCUUGGAGGACACAGGCAAUGAGAACAUCGUCAUCAGGAAGCUGGAUCUGUCCGACACAAAGUCCAUCAGGGCUUUUGCUCAAAUUAUUAACAAAGAAGAAAAGCAAGUGAAUAUCUUAAUAAACAACGCAGGCAUCAUGAUGUGUCCUUAUUCCAAGACUGUGGAUGGCUUUGAAAUGCAGUUUGGAGUUAAUCAUUUGGGUCAUGUCCUCUUAACCUACCUGCUGCUUGACCUCAUCAAAUGUUCUGCUCCGGCCCGCAUUGUAGUCGUGGCAUCGGUGGCCCACACUUGGACUGGCCUUCGACUUGAUGACAUCAACAGUGAAACGAGUUAUGAUGCUAUGAAAGCUUACGGACAAAGCAAACUGGCUAACGUCCUGUUUGCACGCUCUCUUGCCAAACGGUUACAAGGAACUGGUGUCAAUGUCUUUUCUCUGCACCCGGGGGUGGUCCAGUCUGAUCUGUGGCGACACCAGCACCAGUGCAUACAAGCAGCAGUGAAGAUCUUCCGGAUUUUUACCAAGACAACAGUGGAGGGAGCACAGACCACCAUCUUUUGUGCUGUGGAACAAGGCCUGGAGAGCCAGAGUGGAAACUAUUUCAGUGACUGUGCGCCCGCACGCUGCUCAAGGGCUGCUGCUAAUGAUGACUUGGCCCAGACGUUGUGGGAGGUGAGCUGCGACAUGCUUGGCAUCACCUGGCAGUGAAGAGCAGCGGUUUAACUAUGUGUUAUACAUAUCACAUGUCGAAAGCACUGUUAUGCACUUUUAUGAAUCCUUGACUCGUUUGAAAAUUUUGGCUGUUCUGAGUGACGUUGAGUGUGAAGUAACGAGGACUGCUCUAAGUUUUUCUUUCAUUUUCUGUCAACAAAAAGAAAUCACAUGUUGUAUUUAAUCAGCAUUUAUGGAAUUAUAUCUGAUGUAAAACCUUUUUAAAGCAUUCCAGAUACAUAGAUUUUCUAAGUAUUUAUUUGUUGUGUAUCUUGUACUAAAACGGUGCUUCGUCAUGAGAAUAAGUUAACCAGUAUGUUAUGCUUUAAUUUAGUUGAAUAAGACCUGAGCUGCUAAAGUCAUUACAUGCUAUUGCUGUUUCAUUUUACAAGUCUUUAUUACUAAGAUGGAAUGUAGCAUUUGUUUAGCUAUAUUGCAACAAAGUUUGAACAAACUCAAAAAUGCUGUUAUAAGGCUAUUUACUCUGUAUUUUUAUUAUUUACAUCGUUUACAUGUAAGUUGACUUCAAAGAAGAUUCUGUGAACUGUUACUUAAAGGUGUUACUGAUGCUAAUUCCUCAAUAGUUACGUACACAAAUAGUCUAAUUUUUAAAGAGUCAGCGAGGAUAGAUUCCCCUGCGGAUGGAACGCGCUGAAAAUCUUCCUUUGUUAGAAUCCUUGUUCCCUUUGUAAGGCUCUCUGUACAUCUAUCGAUCAGUAAAAAUCCAAUCCAUGUAAACAGUUUUAUAUUGAACUGUACUUUGCAUCUGGUUUAUUCAGACAUUCUGCAGUUUUUUUAAUAAUUCUUUUCUCUCAAAAGAAGGCAAAGCAACAUCAGCGAAAUUCAUGACGGAGAUAAUGGGUUGCAAAAGAAUAAGCUUAUAAAGUGUCAGCCUGCUGAAAUUUGACAGUAAUGUGAAACAUGCUAUGUAACAGGAUGACAUCUUGUAAAAGUUUUUUUGACCAACAUUUAUUUAUUUAUUUAGUUUGAACAGACAAAAAGUAAACUCUACAACAUUUUGUAGCGUUGCGCUCGUUUGUCAGAAAUUUAUGUAUAUAUAUAUAUAUAUUUUUUUUCCCCCUUAAACUCGUUGCUCCAGAUGAAGUUACAUGAAUGAAUUUAACACAAUUGGAUAAUAGCGAGGAGUUAGAGGCUCUUACUCUUUGAAGUUAGCCAUCUCAUCCAAAAUAGAUGGCACAAUUUGUGACCUCAUGAUUUUUUUUUUUUCUUGAUUGUAACAUUUAUAAAGUUAAUACUGUAAUCAUGCUGCUGACUCAUGUUGGCUUUAUGAAACCAGAGAACGACUAAAGUGAACAUACCAGAACAAGAAAUCUCUAAUCUUAAUCUAAAUCACAUGAGGGGGUAAAUAUUAGAAAGAAUGUUGUAUGAGUAACAAGAGGUAGUAAGAGUAUUGAACACAUAUCCACUCUGCAAGAAUGCUGAUAUGCAAAUAGGCGGGGGUGACAAACCAGGAUAAAAUACAAAACAAAUAUUACUAUUAAGAAGGUAUUUGACAAAUAAUUUAAGAGCUGUGUUGUCUGACUAUAGUAAUGUAAAAGUCUUAGAAUGUGGCCUCAAAGAUUUUUUUUUUUUUUGCAUUUUCAGCCACUUGUUGGUAGCUUCUUCAAUGGUUUUAAGAGUAGUAUCUUGUUAAAGACUAAUCUCACUUAAGACUGAAGCACACGAUUGUGCAAAAAAAUAAAAAGCAUUUGCAGGUGAAUUUUCUGUCUGACCACCAGACAAACUAAAUUGUUCUAAUUAAAUUUAUUUUCAAAGAUAAAUUGAAGGAAAAUAUACCGUCUGCAGACCUUGAGACGUUAGAUUUAAUUAGUUGAUAGUUGAUAGUC